AUGGGAUUACUGAGUGUGACAUCAUACAGCCUCGUGGAAUGUAUAGUGGGAGCAGGUGCAUUUAUUUGGUAUGCGUAUCACUGGAUGAGUGGCUACUGGUUUUCUGCUAUCGAGGGUGUGCAUCAGAAAUACGGCACUGUCGUCCGCAUCGCACCCAAUGAGCUUUCCUUCUGUUCGACACAAUCACUCAAAGACAUAUACAGCCACCCAUUAUCAAGCGAGUGGGCGUUCCUCAAAUCCUCAUUCUAUGACCGACCCUUCGGAGUAGCAUCAGUUGCCACCACUCGUGAUCCACAUGAUCAUCGACAACAACGACAAUCACUUGCUUCGGGCUUCAGCACUAAGGCUCUCAGAGAGCAAGAAGACAUCGUGCAUUACUAUGUUGACCUCUUCAUUCAACAGAUCGGAAACCUUAGUAAGACCCAAUCAUACGGAGUGGACAUCUGUGAAGCACUGAACUGGGUAACUUUCGACAUCAUUGGCGAUCUGACCUUCGGAGAAUCUUUCGACGCCGUCAAAACGGCGAAAACUCAUCACUGGGUUUCUACUAUCGUGGACAGCCAAUUCUGGGGUAGCAUCAUCCCGUUGAGCCGACGUGUAGUCGUAGUCUAUCUUCUCCUUCCGUUCCUCGCCUUUUCGAAUUUGGCACGGAACUUCAAGAUCCACCAGGGCCUAACGAGGGCGAAACUAGCGAAUCGCAUUGCAAAAGCGGAUAAGAUCACUAGAGCAGACUUUCUACAGCAAGUCAUUCAAUCUCGCAAGUUCUCGAUCGAGGCGUUAGAGGGCCAGGCAGGUACACUCAUUGUUGCUGGGUCUGAGACCACCGCGACGACAUCAGUCGCAGCGUUAUACUUCCUAGCAAAGAAUCCUGUGUGUCUUGCCGCACUGCAGCACGAGGUGCGAACAACGUUCACAUCUGCGGAUGCAAUCACGGGUCACUCUACCGCCACCCUUCCCCAUCUCAACGCCGUCAUUGAAGAAUCACUGCGCCUGUUCCCACCCGUAGCAAUCGGACUUCCACGGAUAUCGCCCGGAGCGAACGUCGACGGCCACUUCAUACCCGCAGGUGUCAUCGUAUCAACUGACAACUGGACUCUAAUGCACGACCCGAAGUACUGGCACGACCCGCACGCGUUUCGGCCCGAAAGAUGGAUUGGCGAGGGGUUUGGCGAUACGAAGGGUGCGUCCCAGCCGUUUUCUCUCGGCGUGAGGGCUUGUCUGGGGAUCAAUCUGGCGUAUUUGGAAAUGCGGGUUGUGUUGGCGAAGAUCAUUUGGCACUAUGAUUUACAACUGAUCGACGGGGAUCGGGAUCUACUCAGGGAGUCGACGCUGUUUGGUUUCUGGAAGAAACCGCCGAUUCACAUGAAGUUCAAUGGGCGGGAGAACAGUGCAUUAGGUGUUCCCGAUGUAUUGUAG